AUGCACUUCGUCGCUAGCAUCGUUGCCGUCGGCUCCCUCGCCUCGCUGGCCUCGGCCGGCGUCGGCUUCCAGUUCCCCGAUGCUGUCCCCCUCAACAAGCGCCAGGUCACUGGUCCUGCUUAUGAGUGCCACGCCAACUGCGGCUACGCCAUUCAGGACGCCAAGGAUGGCUACUGCACCGACACCAGGUGGCAGGGUCUCCUCAGCAGCUGCCUUGACUGCGCCCUGACCUACGACAUCUGGAAGUGGUACGGCGAAAAGGUCGGCGCCGCCGCCAAGACGUGCGGUCUCGAUGCCACCCCCAAGCCCUCUGGCGGCAGCGGUGGCGGCUCUUCUUCUCAGCCCGCCCAGACGACUACCGUCGCGUCGACUACUCCGGCCUCGUCUGCCCCGGCUUCGUCUGCGCCCGCCUCGUCCGCCCCGGUCUCGUCCGCCCCGGUCUCGUCCGCCCCGGUCUCGUCCGCCCCGGUCUCGUCUGCCCCGGCUACUUCCGCUCCUGCUUCUAGCCACUCUUCCGCUCCCGGCCAGUCCUCCCAGUCCACCACCGCCCCUCGGACCUCUGCCCAGACCUCCGCCUCUUCCCAGGUGCGCUCUACCUCUGCCGCCACCACGGCCAAGCCGUCCGCCAGCGCUGCUCCCACUUCUAGCCGCAACGCCACCAGCACCCAGGUCCAGGUCGGUGCUGCCGCCUUCCAGCAGCCCGCCAUGCUCGCUGCCGGUGCCGUCGCCCUCGUCGCCGUCAACAUGAUCUAG